AUGUCGGACGCGAUCAAAGCUCGAUUGAAAGUGCUCGGUCGAGCAGCACCGAUCUCCUUCGUCUCCAAGACCAACAAACGAAUCCUGCCCCGUCUUCAUCCUCUCGACCCACGAGAGGCGCGCAUCGAACGUUCUCUCAUCCUCCAAUCUUCUCGACUAGCACGCUCCAUCAACCCCCACACUCCGCUCCUUCCCGCAGCUCUGCAUCGGUAUGUCAAAUCAGAGGAGGCAACGGGGUUCGAGGAUGGGAUGGAAGCGCUUUUAAGAGGUCGAAGAAGAGCCUUGAGGGAGACGCUCUUCCCUAAAGCACCAACGCCUAAAGAGGUCGAGCGCGCAAAUGCAAAGCGCUCAGGACGAAGCGACAUUGCUGAAAAGGGCGAAAGAAUAGGGGUCAAGCAGUUCCUUAGCACGAUCGCUAGACCUCCGGCAAGGGAGGAUUUGAGCGGAAAUAGCAAAGUGGUGGAUGCGUUGAGGGAAAGACCUGAUGGUGUCAAAAAGGAAGAUUUGCAAGCGCUCGAAGAAGGUCAAGAUGCUCCGCUCGUCGCUUCCGCCUCUACAAAGCUGCUCAAGGAUGCGGGUGUGGCCACGCGCAUGAGAAAGUGAGCCUUGAUCGUCGUGCGCCGUGAAGCGUGCACCUGCGCGGCCCCACGAGCGUCUUCUGACCUUCACUGACGCUUGCAUGCACGACGUCUUCGCAUCAGAUACAUCCAUUGGUGCUUGCAGCGCGCGCACUCCAGAUCUGCACUUUCUGAAUCAAUCAUCGAGCCGAAGAAGCCGAAAAUGUACAGAGGGUGAGUCGUCGCGGACAAAGCAUCAAAUCUAUGCGCCCUCCAUUCUCGUCCAGCACUAGCGCAGUCCCGAGCCUCCAUCGCAAAGCAUUAAGCUGACCUCUUUUUUUCGCUAACCCUUACUCAGGUGGGGUCCUCGGGUGCAGAAUGGAAAGAGAGUGAGAGGGGAGAAGCGGCCUGGAGAGAAGUAA